AUGGGCAAGGGCAUUCUUCGGAACAAGCUGACCAAGGAAGAGGCCAAGCUAAAGAGCAAGUACGCGAGAGCCAAGAAGCGCAAGGCAGCAGCCGAGGCCAAGGCGAGGAAGGCAGGCAAGAACAAGAGAGUGCGGGCAAGGAGGCGGAGUCGGGCAUGGGCCAAGGUAUUCAAGUCGUUGAAAAAGGACUCGACCGGACAUCGGCACAUUGCUCUCUUGCCAAACAACGAGGACCUUCGAGAGGCUCAUGAAAUUGCUCAUUUGAGACGGAAGCGGAGGUCUCAUCCUCAUGCCUCGGACAUCUCCUCAGCUACUUCGCUCGGCUCUCUCUCGGAUCGCUACCCGGAUUAUGAUCAUCCGGAUCGCAUCGUUCACGAGGUCGUCGUCAAGCACUCGUACCCGCAUCCUCCCCGCCGCGAGCGCUCCUUCUCACGAAGCUCGGCCCCAUCUGGCAUCCUUGUCGGCCGCGCGCCUGUCGUCCGCGGCAAGCACAACACCGAGUACAUCGUGGUUCCGCGGUCCAAGCUGAACCGUGGGCGCCGCAAACGGCACAAGCCCCCGCCAAAAGCCCGCAAGCGUAAGGUCGUCCUCGUCAAGCAGGGCUCCGACGGCGAAGAGGCCGAGCGGUUCGAGGCCUCGCUCGACGGCUCCCUCGUUCUCUCCACCCGCCGCCGGCCCAAGGGCAAACGCAAGGGUAAGCGAUCUCGCCUUGCUCGCGGUUCCUCCCGUCGCCGCAAGGCCGGCUCUUCGUCCGACGACUACGAGUACGGCGGCGAGUACGAGGAGAUGUACAAUUCGGAUCAGGAGGCUGCCGUCGCACGUCUCGAGCGCGAAGCUCUCAAGGCCGAGUUGAAGAUGGGCGACCUCGUCCGCAAGUCGGCCGCCCACAACCACGACCUCAUCCGAGACAUCGAUGACGUCGACCGCAAGCUCGUCCGAACUGCCGCGCACGCAGAAGUCGAGCUCGGCUCUUCCUCCUCCACCUCUGCAUCAUCCUCGGUCGCCGCCUCGGACCGCACCUCCGAGUCGUCGUCGUCCGCCCCACCCAAGCGCAAGACCAAGGCCAAGGGAAAGGCUAAGACCAAGGGAAAGACCAAGGGAAAGACCAAGGGAAAGACCAAGACCAAGGGUAAGACCAAGGCCAAGGGCAAGUCCAAGGGCAAGAAGUCCAAGACAAGAAGCCGACGAUAA